CAGAGGCCUUAUGACGGUGUCUGAUCGGAGCCAGAUUCUGCUGGGGGGCUGGUUUCUGGUGUAAAUAAAGCCGUACUCAUAAAGGUUGUGAGCGGAGCAAAGGAGGAGGCUGGACCUGCCCUGGGGCUGCCUUUGAGUGCUCGGCUGCGCAGACGGAGCAGAACGCCUCCUGGAGUUGGUCCGGAUGGGGCAACUGCCGGUGCCUCUCGCUCGGUCAGUGUGUCUCUGCGUUUGCUGUGUACCGUGUACGGUGCUCCGUGUAGUGCGCAUCGCAGGUACGCGCCGGGGAAUCGGACACAAACGAAACUGAUCCCCCGAAGACGCCGGGGCGCCUUGAGGGAUAUGCACGCUUUUGAAAUUUGCUCUUUAUUUCCCACAAUGCAUCUGUCCAGCCAGCUCGUCGUCCUCAUUACACUGUUGAUGAUUAAAGCGUGGACUGGUCUCUGCGUUCUGGACAUGCAGACCAACCAGGAGACCAUCAUGAAGAUCAGCUCGGCCGGAGCGUUGAUGCAGUGCUCCGCAGUGCUGGACAUCCUCUUCUUAAUGGACGGCUCUCACAGUGUGGGAAAGGGCAGCUUUGAGCGGUCCAAACACUUUGCUCUCACUGCGUGUGCAGGCCUGGACGUGGGCCCAGAUAAGGUGAGAGUGGGGGUUGUGCAGUACAGCUCAGCCCCCCGGCUGGAGGUGUCACUGGACAGCCACCAUACCAGGGAGGGCGUGGUCAAGCACCUGAAGAAGAUUCCAUACAGGGGAGGCAGCACCCGGACGGGCCUGGCACUGAAGUACAUCCUACGGAAGGGCUUCCCUGGGGGACGCAAUGGCACUGCCCCUCGCGUGCUGGUCCUGCUGUCCGACGGCAGGUCCCAGGGUGACCCAGAGACGUCAGCCGCCGAGCUGAAGCAGGCUGGAGUCACCAUAUUCGCUGUGGGGGUGCGCUAUCCCAGAUGGGAGGAGCUUGACGCCCUGGCCAGCACGCCCACUGAGCAGCAUGUCCUGUUUGCUGAGCAUUUCUAUGAUGGAGUCAAUGGCUUCUUCAGCGCUCUGUCUGCUGCCAACAUCUGUUCUGCCGUGCCGCCAGGGUGCUUGGUUCAGACCUACCCCUGUGUGCUUAAAACCCUGGACACAGUCAAAGAGCUACAGGGGAGUUUCACAUGCUGGAAGGGGUCUAAGGGCUUCGCAGUCUCCACUGCUGUUUGCCCUUACUACAGGUGGAGCAGAGUUUACAGGAAACGCCAGAUGUCUUGCCAUAGAGCUGUGUGCCCAGACCCCUGUGACUCCGCCCCCUGCCAGAACGGGGGCACCUGUGUGUCUGAGGGGCCCCAGCAGUACCGCUGUAAUUGCCCCCCAGGCUUUGGGGGUGACCCCACUUGUGCCCCAAGGUUCGUCCUCGACUGCAACGUGGACCUGCUCUUCCUGGUGGAGAACAGCGCCCCUCUGAGCCUGGAGGGCUUCCUGCGCUUCCAGUCCUUCCUGAAGCGCUUCAUCCAGGCUGUGCUGGGGUCCGACUCGCCCGUCAAUGUGGGCCUGGCGCAGUACAGCGACCGGGUGAUGAUGGUGGUGCCAGUGGGGAAGCCCAACAUGGGUGAGCUCCUGCGGGCGGUGGAGCGGCUGCAGCCUGGCACCGGUCAGGCCCGCACAGGGGCGGCCCUCCGCCACGCAGCCCAGCACGGCUUCCCCAGCACACCGGUGUUUGCCGACGUGCGUGACGACUUGCCCCGUGUAGUGGUGCUGCUCACCGGCUCCCCAUCCUCUGACCCGGUGGAGGAGCCUGCCCGCUACGUCCGUGACCAAGAGGUCUUCCUCAUCACCGUGGGCCCAGACACGCUGAGGGCACAGCUCAACAACAUCACGGCGAACGCCCACCGCGUCAUCACCUACAGCUCCCCUGGUGGCCUGGAGGCCAAAGUGCCUGAGUUGCAGGCCAAGAUCUGCAGUGUGGACAGCCAAGGAUGCCCGGAACAGGCCUUGGACCUAAUCCUGGUUUUGGAUGCUUCUGAGGCUGUGGGCCGAGAGAACUUUGUGCACCUCCAGGAGUUUGUGCGCAGUGUCUCUGUGCAGUUCGAUGUGAACCGCGACGUGGUCCAGAUCGCGCUGGUGACAUUCGGGCGCCGAUCGGUCACUGCCUUCCAGCUGGACAGCCACGCAUCGGGCUCGGCUGUGCUGCGGGCCGUAGGCAAAGCUGCCUACCAGGGCGGCCCGGCAUCCACAGGUAGCGCCCUGCUGCACGUCCGUGCCGAGCUGCUGAGUGUAGCCCGGGGGGCGCGGCCCGGCGUGCCCAAGGCCGUGGUGCUGCUGACGGACGGCGCAGCCGAAGAUGCCGGUGUGCCCGCGCAGAAGAUCCGCGACGACGGCGUGUCCGUGUUCGUCGUCGGCAUCGGGGACAUGCAGAGCGACGGUUUACUGCGCAUCGCUGCCUCCCAGGAUCACGUGAUCUCCGUGCCGUUCUACGAAGACCUCAAGUACUACGAUGAAGUGUUGGUGCACAUGCUGUGUGCAGGUUCCAUGCGGCCCCCGAAACGGGGUGACCUCCCCCGUCCUGCAGGGCUCAGACGAUCCCAAAGGAAAAGGCACAUCCAACGGCACGCUAGGAGGCGUAGAGCCUCGCAGGACUGAAGGCACCGAGCUGGAAGCACUCGCCAUUGCCACGGGGGUCACAGCUCUGUCUUUCCUGGCCAUUGGGACAGUUGUGCCCCUCUUCCAUCUUCAGCGGCUGCAUUUGCCCAUUACCUGCCUGCGCUGGGUGCUGAUUGGCUGCCUGGGGUCCACCUCCCGCUUCUCACAUCGGUGCUGUGUACUCUUACGUAUUUAUUCUGUGCUUAACCACUGUAGCCUUCCUCUGUAUGCACAUUAAAGUUCCUUGCUUUCCAGAGA